CCUGCUGAGAACUGGAGACCUCAGUCUGACCCUGACACAACCCAGAGUGGGAGACAACAACAUCUACACCUGCACCAUCUACAACAGGAAUGGAAACAUCCUGAUGAAGAAACAAGUGAAGCUACAGGUCAAAGUCCCUAAGGUGGAGGUGGAUUCAGGGGUGGAGUCUGUCCAGCUGCCCUUCAAAACCACAGUUCACCUGGAUGGAAACAUCAGAGUGGAGUGGACGGACAGAGACAACAGGAAGGUCCAUGUGUAUGAGAACGGCUCUGACCGACCUGAAGAACAGGACCAGGUUUACAGAGACCGAACAGAGAUGAAGAAAGACCUGCUGAAACCUGGAGACCUCAGUCUGACCCUGAAAAAACCCACAGAAACAGACAACAACAUCUACACCUGCACCGUCAGCAGGGACAGAAACAUCCUGAUGAAGAAACAAGUGAAGCUACAGGUCAAAGUUCGAAAGGUGGAUGUGGAUUCAGGGGUGGAGUCUGUCCAGCUGCCCUUCAAAACCACAGUUCACCUGGAUGGAAACAUCAGAGUGGAGUGGAUGGACAGAGACAACAAGAAGGUCCAUGUGUAUGAGAACGGCUCUGACCGACCUGAAGAACAGGACCAGGUUUACAGAGACCGAACAGAGAUGAAGAAAGACCUGCUGAAACCUGGAGACCUCAGUCUGACCUUGAAACACCCCACAGAAACAGACACCUACACCUGCACCGUCUACACCAAGGAGGGAAACAUCCUGAUGAAGAAAGAGGUGCUGCUCUGGGUCAGAGUCCAACAGGUGGAGGUGGAGAAAGGGGUGGAGUCUGUCCAGCUGCCCUUCAAAACCAGACCUGGACUGGCUAAAGACGUCAGAGUGGAGUGGAAGAACAGUGACAACAAAAAGGUCCAUGUGUAUGAGAACGGCUCUGACCGACCUGAAGAACAGGACCAGGUUUACAGAGACCGAACAGAGAUGAAGAAAGACCUGCUGAGACCUGGAGACCUCAGUCUGACCCUGAAACACCCCAAAGCCAGAGACAGAGACACCUACACCUGCACUGUCUACAGCAGGGACGGACACAUCUUGAUGAAGAAACAAGUGGAGUUAAAGGUCAAAGUCUUCCCAGUCCAAAAGGUGGAGUUGGAUGUGGAUUCAGGGGUGGAGUCUGUCCAGCUGCCCUUCAAAACCACAGUUCACCUGGAUGGAAACAUCAGAGUGGAGUGGAGGGACAGAGACAACAGGAAGGUCCAUGUGUAUGAGAACGGCUCUGACCGACCUGAAGAACAGGACCAGGUUUACAGAGACCGAACAGAGAUGAAGAAAGACCUGCUGAGAACUGGAGACCUCAGUCUGACCCUGAAACACCCCACAGAAACAGACAACAACAUCUACACCUGCACCAUCAGCAGGGACAGAAACAUCCUGAUGAAGAAAGAAGUGAAGCUACAGGUCAAAGUUCGAAAGGUGGAGGUGGAUUCAGGGGUGGAGUCUGUCCAGCUGCCCUUCAAAACCACAGUUCACCUGGAUGGAAACAUCAGAGUGGAGUGGAUGAACAGUGACAACAAGAAGGUCCAUGUGUAUGAGAACGGCUCUGACCGACCUGGAGAACAGGACCAGGUUUACAGAGACCGAACAGAGAUGAAGAAAGACCUGCUGAAAACUGGAGACCUCAGUCUGACCCUGAAACACCCCACAGAAACAGACACCUACACCUGCACCGUCAGCAGGGACGGACACAUUUUGAUGAAGAAACAAGUGAAGCUACAGGUCAGAGUCCCUAAGGUGGAGGUGGAGGUGGAUUCAGAGGUGGAGUCUGUCCAGCUGCCCUUCAUAACCACAGAUCACCUGGAUGGAAACAUCAGAGUGGAGUGGAUGGACAGAAACACCAGGAAGGUCCAUGUGUAUCAGAACGGCUCUGACCGACCUGAAGAACAGGACCAGGUUUACAGAGACCGAACAGAGAUGAAGAAAGACCUGCUGAAACCUGGAGACCUCAGUCUGACCCUGAAAUACCCCACAGACUGGGACAACAACACCUACACCUGCACUGUCAGCAGGGAGGGAAACAUCCUGAUGGAGAACCAAGUGAAGCUACAGGUCAAAGGUCAGUGCUGUAGAUACAGGUCAGAGGUCAGUGCUGUCUAUCUGAUUCAUAUAAUAACAAUAAAAUCAUUGUAUUAUUAAUGUGGACUUUCAGACAGAGACACCUUUAAUGGGUUUUAGUCAAGUAAAAUGAUUUGAUUCGUGACUUCUUGUUCAACCUCACUGUACGUUUGGGUUCGUCAGGUCUGUCUGGCAACCUUCCCUGCCACCUGAUCCAACUCAACAUUAGGAGGUGAUCAGUUGACAGCCCUGACCCUCUAUUCACCCAAGUGUUUACGAUAUACAGCUGCAGAUCUGAUGAUACGACCAGAGAGUCAAUGAUCAAUCUUUGGCCUCAGGUGUUCUGGUACCAGGUACACUUAGAAACCACCUUAUACUCAAAACUGGUAUUUGUUUUGGCCAGUCCAUGGCUAGAACAGAAGUCCAAUAACAAAGCAUCGUUCAGAUCAGACAGGUCGAGCCUCCCAAUCAUGUCCCUGAAGGAUUCUCCAUCACUGCCAUCAUGAAUGAUGAAGUCCUCCAGUAGAACUAUAGAGGCCCCGCGUGGAGGGGGACUGUUUGCUGCCACCUGGCUUGCAAAGCACCUAACACCAAUGCCCAUCCCAGGUCUGGAUACUCCAGCUCAGUCCUUGUGGUACCACUGAGGUUGGUGUAUUGUUCUUUGUCUGGCCCCUCCCUUGGGACCAGUUUGUCUUAGGAGACCCCACGAGGGGCUAUUGCCUUCAACAACACAGCUUCCACACAAACCCCUCCACCACCUUAAGCUGGUGAUUCUCGAAGGAGAACCACUGUUUGCAAACAUCAUAUUUCCUGUUGAACCACACCAGAGAAAUAACUGCACAAGGCAGGAGAGGCCGGAGGUCCUGACAACUGACAAAGAGACCAGCAUCCUGAAAACAGUCCAACGUAAUGAUUGGAGAAGGUUCCACUACUUUGAACCCAGGCAUCACCUUGCUUGAGGUAAAUAUGAAUAUUUAAAUGACCUGCCAAAGCACCAGCUCACAACAGGGACACCUACCAGGUGGAGAUCAUGACACAAGAUGAUCCAAUGACUGACUGAUCAGGAGAGAGCCAUGAGUCA